GCUUCUCAUUCUUAUUCAAGGUCUUGUUGAAGAAAUUCAAAUUCAAUGGAGAAAAUUAUCAAGCUGUUAUGAAGCUAAAGUUGGGAGAGAGUUUCAGGAGACAAGCAAAUUGUGUUCAUCUGUUGUAUUAACUUCUCCCAACUGUGAAAAUUUUCUCAGGCCUUUUUUGUUUAUAAUGAACGAAGUUGUGUCCUUCUCCAGGUUAGUUUCUCCAAUAUUUUGGUCAGGUUCUGUAGUAGUUGACUCUCAAUUACCUAGUGCUAUUAAAGGAAGACUUGGAGGCCCAAGUCAGCGACGGUUGGCACCUCCCAUUACAACAUCAUUGCUACAAGCUAUUAUGUCAGUUAAAACGCUAGCCUGUAUCUCAUCAUGGUUUUCACUGCUAAAAAGAGGUGAUCUUGGCUCUUCAUUUAGUUUCUAUUGGGAAUUCUCUUGGAAGGUUAUCCACUGCCGGAAUUACAAUUCAGAGGCUGGUGCAGAACUUUGUUUAGGAGGAUAUGAAGCAUUAGCGUACGUCUUUAAAGCAUGGACUAUGACUUUGUCCUCAUCAGAUUUUGAUUUCAUAAAGUCUUAUAACAAGUCAAAAUUUCCAGAUAGAGAGAAUCCAUCAAUAUUAGAUCCUCUUGUUCAUGGUUUUCUCCAUGGCAUCAAUGAUCUACUUGCUAAUGGAGUUCUUACGCGUAGUCGACGGGCAGUUUUGAUGAACUGGAAGUGGCAUUGUCUAGACUCUCUGCUAUCAAUUCCUUAUAAUGUUGUUCAGAAUGGACUUCAUAAAAGAAAUGUAGAUCACUUCUUUUCAGCUUCAGCUCUUGGAAGUACCUUUUCUGAUAUUGUUGAGAGCCUGGAGAAUGCUGGUGAAAAUUCUGUUUUACCCAUAUUGAGAUGUGUAAGAUUUGUUAUUGGACUUCUUUGCUCUCUUCAAACUAGUUCAACAAUCUCCUCUUCAAAGGGGGUGGACUAUCAGAUGAUGCAGCAAUUAGUGCACUGCUCUUGGAUACUACACCUUAGCUGCAACAAGCGUAGAGUUGCCCCGAUUGCUGCACUUCUUUCUGCUGUGUUGCAUCGGUCAGUAUUCAGUGACUUGAGGAUGCAUGAAGGAGAUGGCGGUCAGCAGGGCCCUCUAAAGUGGUUUAUUGAAAAACUUCUUGAUGAAGGUUCAAAAAGUCCUCGCACUAUUCGCCUGGCAGCUUUACACCUUACAGGAUUAUGGUUGUUGCAUCCGAGAACUCUCAAGUACUAUACCAAGGAGUUAAAGUUGCUAUCUUUAUAUGGCUCUGUGGCCUUUGAUGAGGAUUUUGAAGCUGAACUAUAUGAAAAUCAUGAAGCUAGAGUUGAAGUUUCAUUGCUUGCUCAAAGUGCUGAUUCUGAGUUAACUGAGGUGUUUAUUAAUACAGAGCUGUAUGCGCGGGUAUCUAUUGCGGUUCUAUUCUACAAGCUAGCUGAUUCUGUUAACAGGGAAGGGAAACAGAAACAUGAAGAUUGUCUUGCUGCACUUGAUUGUGGAAAAACAUUUCUAUUUGAGCUUCUUGAUUCUGCGGUUAAUGAUAAAGACCUUGCAAAGGAGCUUUACAAAAAGUACAGUGCAGUGCACAGACGUAAAGUUCGUGCUUGGCAAAUGAUAUGCAUACUGUCCAAUUUUGUUGAUAAUGACGUUGUUGAAGACGUCACAUCUAAAUUGCACAUCUGCUUAUAUAGGAAUAAUUUACCAGCUGUCCGACAAUAUUUGGAAACAUUUGCAAUACAGAUCUACUUGAAAUUUCCGAAUCUGGCUGAAGAGCAAUUAAUUCCAAUAUUUUACGACUAUAAUAUGAGGCCACAGGCUCUUUCUUCAUACGUGUUUAUUGCAACCAAUGUGAUCCUCCAUGCGGAUGACUUAGCCCUUCAGAUUAGGCAUUUAAACAAGUUGCUUCCUCCAAUAAUUCCAUUCUUGACCUCCCACCAUCACAGUUUACGCGGCUUUACUCAGUUGCUUGUACAUUAUGUCCUCUGCAAAAUGUGGCCUGCUUUAGAACCAGAUACUUCAAAUGUUGCUCCAUUGGAGAAGAAGUGCUUUGAGGACUUGAAGUCCUAUUUGACAGAAAAUGUUGACUGUAGGAGGCUAAGGACAUCGAUGGAAAGUUUUCUUGAUGCUUUUGAUCCCAAUACCUCUGUAACUCCAGCUGGGAUAUUCCAUGCUCGCAAUGAGGGAUCUGAAUUUGAAUGCGCCCCAAUUUCUCUGAUGGAGAAUGUGAUUACUUUUCUAGAUGAUGUUAGGGACGACCUGAGAAAUUCCAUUGCGAUGGAUGCGAUAACCAUUGAAAAUGAGAUUUUAACAGGUCCAGGUUCAUAUAAGAACAUGCUAGAAGUAGUGGAUGCACAUAAUGAGAGAGGAUCUCUCCAAACUCCUAGUGACCUUUCUUUAGAUUUUCAAAAAAAGAUCACCCUCUAUGAAAAUGUAUUGCCUGCUGCAAACUCAAAAUCAGAUUUCUUCCUAUCAGAGUUGGAAAAUGAAGACCAGCUUCUUAACCCAGUGAUGCAAUCAAGAAAUCAAGCUAUGGAAAAAUUGAGACAAAGUCAACAACAAUUUAUCCUUGUAGCAUCGUUGGUUGAUCGAAUACCUAAUUUAGCUGGUUUAGCAAGAACAUGUGAGGUAUUCAAAGCAGCAGGGCUGGUUGUUCCUAAUGCAAGUAUUGUACAGGAUAAACAAUUUCAACUCAUCAGUGUCACAGCUGAUAAGUGGGUACCAAUCUUAGAAGUUCCAGUAAACGGCAUGAAAAUUUUCUUAGAGAAGAAAAGGCGAGAGGGGUUCUCUAUCUUAGGUUUGGAGCAGACUGCUAAUAGCACGCCACUGGACAAAUUUUCCUUUCCAGUUAAAACGGUAUUGGUCCUGGGACGAGAAAAGGAAGGUAUUCCUGUGGACAUCAUCCAUAUUUUGGAUGCUUGUAUUGAGAUCCCUCAGUUGGGGAUUAUAAGAUCACUCAAUGUUCACGUCAGUGGUGCCAUUGCUUUGUGGGAAUACACUCGGCAACAAAGAUCUAAGCAACAAUGAUUUUUUUCCACUCUUUUAUCAUCGUACGACUUAAUUUUUAUUCGCAGGUAAGUCAAAAGCAGGAAGUAGUUAAUGCGCUCACAUUGUAUGGAGAAUACUAUCUAGGAGGUGCAACAAAGCAUGAUUUCAAGAGGCUUGAGGCUAAAGGCUACAAGAAAAGAAAUAUGGCGUCAACCAGAAGGAAGCAGGAUGGGGUUAUCAUAGUGUAUCUCACAGUCAUGCCAUAUAAGUAGAGGGGAAAGGAGAAUAUUGAACGAGGUUAACUUAAAAGUACCCAUUGAUGAAUUAGUUUGGACUUUUCUCGUAUCGAGAUGCAUGUUCAUACUCUGAAGAGCCUGGGGAGGUAUGAGUUCUCCAAUGAAGGAACAUGCUAUAGAAUUACGUUGUGCUUACUCAAGUUUGAUUGGCGUAUUUACUUGUAAAAUGACCUUGUAAUUUUUGUUGUGUGCCAUUGGUGACUCCAUGUAAUGUUACAGCUCCUAGUUCCAUGAUCUUGAUUUUGACUACCAUUUAUACUAUGCUGUAAAGAUUAUCGAUUGCCAGGUCAGCGGAACUACAUAUUGGUUUUGCCA